AUGUCGUUCCUUAAGACUACUCGUGUUGUCUGUUAUGUGAAUGUCUUUGUAUGGGAUUUGAAGGAUAACAAGUUGUCUGAGUUGGACGACAGGGCCGAUGCCCUACAACACGGCGCCUCACAGUUUGAACAACAGGCCGGCAAACUUAAGCGCAAGUUCUGGUGGAAAAAUCUGAAG